CUUGCACACUGCGCACUCUGUCGCAUCACUUCCUGUGCUCCUUAAUCAUCAUAUUGUUGUCGCUGUCCUUUUUCCUGCUGAUUUCGGUGUCGACUGGGUCACUCCCUGCUUCACUUCUUGAUCAUUCUGCUUGCAUCACUCGAAGCCAGCUUCCAAGUUCUAACGAUUACCUAGAGCUCAAUAAUCAAAAUGCCUAAGGAGAAGACCACCCGCAAGACCACCAAGGCCCGUGGCACUGAGCGCAGAAAGAAGGACCCCAACGCCCCCAAGCGUGGUCUCUCUGCUUACAUGUUCUUCGCCAAUGACAACCGUGAGAAGGUUCGCGAGGAGAACCCCGGUAUCUCUUUCGGCCAGGUUGGCAAGAUGCUCGGAGAGCGUUGGAAGGCUCUGAGCGACACCGAUCGUCGCCCUUACGAGGAGAAGGCUGCCGCUGAUAAGAAGCGUUACGAAGACGAGAAGGCCAGCUACAAUGCGGCUGCUGAGGAGGACGAGGAAUCAUCCUAAGGGUUUCCCUCUCUUCAUGGGUCUUGUGUGUCUGGCCGAUUGGCGUUUUUCGUGUCGUUUAUUCCGCUGAUUGUCUGCCUUGUAAUUGAUGCUUCUUAUAUUUUCUCUUUAUCUACUCAAUGGCUUCUGGUAUGGGAUGAUGGCGGUAACUCUUGAUUUUCUGUUAUGAAGGAUUCUCGAUGGGAAAUUUUUACUGUACGGACUGGCGGCUUUGGGA